CCGUUUGUACGACUCGGUAUGGCUGGCAUGCCGGGCAGUCUGCCACGAAUGUCGCAGGCAAGGUGCCACACGACGCUGGCUCUGCUCUGAGCUCUCCCUCUGCCCUGAUGCUCUUCUGGCUCUUCACCAUGAACGCACAACUUCCGCACAAGUCUUCUUGUUCUUUGUUCCUCCGCGGCAGACAAAGGAAAACGACACAUCACAUGCGCUCAGAUGGGCAGGCAGCAGCGACGGAAUAGAACCCAGUUUUUGAACUUGCUACUGCUUGCUAAGAGCUCCAGGUAGACAGAUGUCCAUGUCCAUGUCCUAGAGUAUCAGUUGUCUUAAUUUUGAUCCAAGUCUGAAGGCAGAAAUGUGACUGCGCUAUUUCUGCCCAGCACCGCGUCAGAUGAAGACUGCACUGGACGCGACCAACCGACCGACAGUUGCAAGCUGCCAUCUACGGUCUAGCAUUGAGGCACCUCAGUCAUGUCGCACGGCUAUGACAAGGUCAUCGAUGCAGACGUCGAACAAUCAGACGGCCUCUCCCAGCCGCGGACGUCGCUGCAGUUUCAAUCAUUUCAUGCGAAUGACUCCUUAGAAGCAGGCCAGGGUGCUACAGGAAGAGCGACGAACAGCUCCGCUACAGGGUCAGGCGGAGGAUUCUUCUCCUCUUCCUCAAUGCUCUCCUCCAAGCAAUUCCUGUGGUCCACUGGCUACUAUGCGCAAUUCUUCGACGUCACCUCGGAUGCAGUGCUCGCUAGACUCUUGGCGGCCAUCUUUCCGCGAGCCAACUUCUUCGAUACCAUCGAGGGCAACCCGGAUCUGUAUGCGCCAGUUUGGCUUGCGACCACCGUCAUCACUGUGCUCUACUUUUCUUCAACGGUCGCUGGCUACCUCGCUGCACACGUCUCUCACCAACCCUAUGCGUACUCGUUCUCUACGCUUACAUCCGCCGCCACGCUUAUAUAUGGCUAUACCUUCAUCACACCUGUUUUGAGCUGGUUGAUACUUCUGUGGUACAAGUGCGAGCCAUCUUUGCUCGAAGUACUCUGCCUCUAUGGAUACGCAAAUGCCGCUUGGGUACCUGUAUCUCUAGUGAGUAUUUCACCGCUGGAAUUCUUUCAUUAUGCAACUCUUAGCAAUUGGAUACGAUGGGUGUCUGUCAUCUUGGGAUUCACUCUAUCGGGGUUCUUUCUCGUCAGGAACUUGAUGCCGGUUCUGAACCGCGCAGACUCCAAAACCAGUCAGAUCAUGUUGAUUGGCGUUGUUGCACUCCAUGCCGCAUUCUCACUGGCCAUCAAGUUUCUCUUCUUCAGCUACGUUCAUGAGAUGGAUGCACCUGCGGCAGCGGCAGCUGUUUGAGCGUCCAUCAGCUUGUAGAGAUCUGACGCUUCACCCAAUGUAUAAUGCAAUGUCCUUUUCGCAAACACAUCUCCAUCGUGCUUCAACAUGUCAAUCACAUCAUCGAGCAACCAGGCCUUUCCAGCUGCAAGGCCUUCGCCAGCCUCUGCAUCACUGCUCUGCACAUGGAUAUGCAAGUGAUAGUAGCUGGGUUG